UUAAGAGCAGCUUUAGCAGCCUGUCGUGUUUGUGUUGAAGCCAACAGGCACAAUAUAUUACAGUCUAGGGCUUGCUGCUGAAAAGCCCGCUGGAUCCUCCACUGACCUGCUGUUCUUUCCUGCCUUCCUCUCGCGUUUUUUCCACAUUUAGAUUAAAAACAAAGCUCUUACUCUCUCCCCUCCCUCCUUCUCCUCCUCCUUCUUCUCUUUCUUUCUGCGGCAGUAGUCAGGACUUCAGCGUGUCAGCAGAGGUUGUAGAGGAAGGAGAAAGCUCAGAAGAAGACUGUUUAUGUUUAUGUUUUGCCUUUGGACGCAUAGGUGAAGCAACUUGCACCAGAGAGGAAGGAGUUGAGGAGGAGGAGAGAGAGCGGAGGUGGGGGGCUCGCCUGGAUGAAAUUACCCCUGUCAUGUCACUACGCGUGGACCUUGACUGAUCACAGAGCCAGGAAUACAAGGUGAAGAGAGGAGUGAGCGAGAGAGAGAGAGAAAGAAAGAAAGAAGUCUUUGGGAAACACAGCCGAAGAGGAAGGAGGUCAAAACAACUGCUCUGUUUUAUCAUGACAUUGUUGGAUAAAAGCGAAAAGGCAAUUCUUAAAUGUGUGUCAACAGGAACUCUUUGUAAAGGACACUGAGAAAGAAGACUGUCUUGUACCCAGCAGCAAAGACUUUGUACCGAGUCUGAACGAGUAGAGUGACCAGUGGAGGGCAGAGGAGUGGAGGGCCAGGGCACUAACCUGGCCAUCAAACGGACUGGCAGCCUCUCCUCUCCAGGGAUCAUGUACCCUCAGGGCAGGCAUCCGGUCCCCUUGCAACCUGGCCAGUCCUUUAAGUUCACCGUCCUGGAGACACUGGACAGGAUCAAGGAGGAGUUCCAGUUUCUGCAGGCGCAGUAUCACAGCCUGAAGCUGGAAUGUGAGAAACUGGCCAGUGAGAAGACGGAGAUGCAGCGGCACUACAUCAUGUACUAUGAGAUGUCCUACGGCCUCAACAUCGAGAUGCACAAGCAGGCGGAGAUCGUCAAGCGUCUCAGUGCCAUCUGUGCUCAGAUCAUCCCAUUCCUCUCUCAAGAGCACCAACAACAGGUGGUCCAGGCCGUGGAGAGGGCUAAGCAGGUCACAAUGGCAGAACUUAAUGCCAUCAUUGGGCAGCAGCUCCAGCACCUGUCGCACCACGCCCCCGGUAUCCCCCUGACACCCCACCCAUCAGGCCUGUCUCUGGGUGCGGGUGGCUCAGGUCUCCUAGCACUGACGGGUGCCUUGGGAGUGUCUGCUCACCUGGCUUCAAAAGAUGAGCGCAACCACCUGGACCCAGAGCACCUCCGAGAGGGAGCCCCCAGCAGGAGUAAAUCAGUGUCGUCGACGGACAGCCAGCCCAACGAGGAGCGCCAGGGCCCGUCUGGAGGGUACAGCUCUUCUCAGGGAGCAGCGGAGGCCAAGAGGAGGCGCUGUGAGGACAAGGAGUCCCUGCCUCCACACUCUUAUGACAGUGAUGCGGAAAAGAGUGAGGACAACCUUGUGGUGGAUGUCUCAAAUGAAGAGCCAAACUCUCCAGCAGGCAGCCCCCCUCACUCUCCACACGGGAACGGCUUAGACCGGGCCCCCACUCUUCGGAAAGAGAUGCCUGGCUCCUCAGGCACAGAUGCCCCCACCACCCCAAACCCACGUAGCCCUACCCCCGGGAAGGCCAAGGACUCUGCACAGAUGGACAAAUCUCAGUCUCCAUUGUCAAAGUCCGGUACUCCCUCCCCAUCCCAUCGUGAGGCUCUUACCCCAGGGGCCCCAGGAGCUCCUGGUCCCAGCACAUCCUGCCUUCGCCUGGUCAGCAAAGCAGCGUCAGCUGCUGACCCACUCGCUCUGCGCAGCCCCAUGUCUGUACCCCCUGGUUCAUACCCGGCUCAUUUUGGGGUGGUGUCCCACGCAGGACUCAAUGGUGAGCUGGCCAGUCCAGGAGGUUUUGGAGGGCCUUUGACUCUGUCUCCACAGAUCAGUGCAGCAGCCAGUGCCUAUUCCCGGAGCCCCAUGGUUGCUUAUGAUUCUCGAGCUCAUCUGAGGGCGCCGGGUUUAUCCUCGUCCCUACCUGGUGCUUCAGGAGGAAAGCCUGCAUACUCGUUCCAUGUGAGUGCAGAUGGACAGAUGCAACCUGUGCCCUUCCCCCCUGACGCCCUGCUGGGCCCUGGGAUCCCUAGACACGCGCGGCAGAUCCACACCCUGAGUCACGGAGAGGUGGUGUGUGCGGUCACCAUCAGCACCUCCACCCGCCACGUCUACACCGGAGGCAAGGGCUGCGUCAAGGUGUGGGACAUCAGCCAACCGGGCAGCAAGAGCCCCAUGGCACAGCUCGACUGCCUGAACCGAGAUAACUACAUCCGUUCCUGUAAAAUUCUCCCUGACGGCCGAACUUUAAUAGUUGGUGGUGAGGCCAGUACACUGUCCAUCUGGGAUCUGGCCACGCCCACUCCUCGCAUCAAGGCGGAGCUCACAUCGUCUGCUCCCGCCUGCUACGCUCUGGCCAUCUCCCCCGACAACAAAGUGUGCUUCUCCUGCUGCAGUGACGGCAACAUCGUGGUCUGGGACCUGCACAACCAGACUCUUGUCAGACAGUUCCAGGGCCACACCGAUGGAGCGAGCUGCAUCGAUAUCUCCAAUGACGGCACCAAACUGUGGACGGGAGGACUGGACAACACUGUCCGCUGCUGGGACCUCCGAGAGGGACGCCAGCUCCAGCAGCACGACUUCACCUCACAGAUCUUCUCCCUGGGCUACUGUCCCACGGGUGAGUGGCUGGCUGUGGGAAUGGAGAGCAGUAAUGUGGAAGUCCUGCACGUCUCUAAACCUGACAAGUACCAGCUGCACCUCCAUGAGAGCUGUGUUCUCUCUCUAAAGUUUGCCUACUGCGGCAAGUGGUUCGUGAGCACAGGUAAAGACAAUCUGUUGAAUGCAUGGAGGACACCUUAUGGGGCCAGCAUAUUCCAGUCCAAGGAGUCGUCGUCUGUGCUGAGCUGCGACGUCUCUCCCGACGACAAGUACAUAGUGACAGGCUCGGGGGACAAGAAGGCCACAGUGUACGAGGUGGUGUACUGAGGAGCAGAGGCAGGAAGAGACUCACUGUGGAAUUCUAUUUGUAUUUUCUGGACGCUCCUUUUCCCAUUGCAUCGGCAGAAGUCUCGGCUCAGCUCUCAAAGAACUGAAUCUCUCUGACCUUCAACCCGCUUUUCAUCACCCUUUUGCUGUGAUAUAAGCUACUGCAGAAGCGCCCAAAUCCCACCCACCCUUUCCCACCUUGUUAGCAGCCAGAUAAGAAGGACAAAGAAUGUGAUAAAAGUAGAGCUGGAAAAGACCAAAAAUGAGCAGGGGAAGCCAUAGGAAGGAAGUGGAAUUAGAGGUAAGAAUAAGGAGAAGAGGAGGAGGAGGGUAAUUAGGGCUGUUUCCUGAUUAAGAGCUCAGAGGAGGGAGGCCCCCAGAGGAGGCACUGUGGGAGCGUCAGCCAGCAGCACUGAUACCACACAAUCGAUUCAUUAGGCAGACAGUGCAGUGCGUAAUGAGGCCGCCGCCACAGCACGCUCUCCCCAGUGACGAGCGCGGGGAGGCGGGGACACUGUACACACUUACUACAAACACACACUAGCAUGACAAGUAAUGUUGUGAAGGGCAUAGGACCCAUGAAGAGAAUACUUAAAUACUUAAAUACUGCUCACAAUAUGUGUGUCUACUACUCUUACUAUGAGAGUUAAAGGCGCACUCUGUAACUUUUCUGGUAGAGUGUUGCACCACCUACUUGUCUCCAUCAAGAUGCUAUUGCUUUUCCUGGAAUGUUGCAGGUCAGAUUUAUGGAGAACCUGUGAACAAGUACACUCUCAGUAAGAAUUUGAAGGUAUUAAAAUAAAAAAAUGAUUUAUUUUCAUUAACGUUUAACCACUACAGUCAUAAAAUAGUGUUAUUAGAGUACAUGUCAACAUUUUAGAGUAGGCAAGGUAUGCAACAUUUGAAUUAUUUAAUAAUUCUUGAAAGCUUGAACAAAAAUUAUUUCCACGUUGAUGGAGGUGAAGAGCCUCUCUGGUGUUUUUGCACCAUAGAAGGCUUGGAUAUGUUUUAGAAAAUGCUGGCUCUGUUAUAAUGGGAAGAAAGUCAUUACUUAGAGCUCUUUGACCACUAAUGGGAAAAAGAGGCAGUAAUUACCUCUGCAAUGUUGACUUUAGGAGAGGGGUUAAGGUUGCUGUAUUUUUGUUCCAUUUACCUUCUCAAACCCCCAAUUAUUAUAUACAUGCAAUGGAGUUUCCCUAUAAAGAACCAGCCUUAAUAUCUAUAGUACACAGCAAGUUUUCAGCGCAACCACAGCCGGCACAGUACUUUUUGUUCAAAUCAGUAUGCUAAUAGUAAGUAGUAAAUGUCAUUUCCAGCGCACACACUUGGAUAGGCCCCAGAGGAACAGAGAGAAACACACACACACAAACACACAGUGCACCCAAUUAAACAUUCAUGGCACUGCUCCCCGUCUCUCUGCUUAAUAUCUAUUUUAUUUCGCUUCGACAAAGGCAGCGUCUAAUGAGCCUCACAGUCAAUGGGAACCUCGGAGGGCCCAGAGACACAAACAGAGCACAUCAGGAGCUGUUGCCUCUAAUUCCUCACGACUGUUCUGAUGCUUGGCUGCUCUCCCUCUCUCACUUAAAAGGUACCGUCAUCCAUAUACUGUAGCAACAAGGUCGACGAUAAUAAUCACCUACCUGCCAUCAAACAACAAAGAACAACACAUGCCUUUCAUUAUCAAUUAAGCCUGCACACGAUUUCAAAAACCCCGAUAUCUAGUCGGAUCAGUUAACAGAUUCAAUUUCAACUUAGAUUAUUCCAUGAACCUGAAAUAAAAAAAGACUAAACCAAGAGUGGAUCAUUUUGGGCACACGACACAACUCAUUAUUGUUAGAUUAAUGUACAAAGCUCACAGUCGUAUUUAGGGGCAGAACAUCAUUGCCAUAGAAACAAAUUACUUGAUUUCUUAUGCAGUGGAUGGAUUAUUAAUGAAUUCAAUUCAAUUCAUUUAUUUUUGUAACGCCCAAAAUCACAACAACAGUUGUCUCGAAGGGCGUUCAUGUUUUGGUUGAUGGGGGAAACCGGAGUACCCGGAGGAAACCCAUCCAGACACGGGGAGAAACAUGAAAAACUCCACACAGAAAGGCCUGGUGACCCGGGGAUCGAACCAACCUUCUUGCUGUGAGACAUGAGUGAUGGCACUCAGUCACCGUGCCGCCAAGACACAAAAAACAAAACAACAGGAAGAAUCAGACACAACAAGAAAAAUCAGACACAACAGGAAAAAGAAGCUUAUUUUACUUAAGCUUAUAAAACAAAAGCCUUCUCAUAUCAAAUUUUAAACAUUUCAUCCAUUUUCUAAGCAUUCCUUCAGGUUGUAGAUAUGUAUAUGAUGCUCCAUAUUAGGGUGGGCCAUAAAACACAGGUGGGGAAACAGCAUCUUUUCUUUUUGCCAGGCCUUCUUCAGUUUGAUUAAUGCCCUUGUAUCCUUGGUGACAGACAAAUUAUGUGAAGAUUGUUUUAUUUUUUUCCCCACCGGAUUGAGUACUACGUUGCUCCUUUUUGACUUGUAACUUUAAAUGUGUACAGUAUUUCAGCGCAGUCUUCAGUGCUGCAGGCGUAGGUCUACAAUACAUUCAAUACAAUCUCCCUUUCUCCUCUGCAUGUGUGUUGCACUAAAGCUUCACCACAAUGAGCAAAGUAAGACUCAAACAAGACGUGGUUAAUAUUCAUACUCGAGUUUAGUGUAAAAAUAAAUGAUCUAAAAAUAAAUUGUGCAUCAAAACAUCAUAUAUUCUCACACCUUUACUAGUGAAAUUUAUUUUAAACUAAACUCAAGUACCAAGUAAAGGUCUAUACUUUGUUUCUGUCAUGAAAAAGGUGGAAACUGUAUUAAACAGAUGUUACACAUUGCGGGAGGGGUUACAGUUCCUUCUUCUUUCCAGAAGUUUUACAUGCUGUCCCACACAAAAUAUUUUUACAUUUCAGAUCAUUUGAUACGCAACAUUUUUACAUAUCACUAACAAAUAUAUAUAAGGGACUUGUACAAUGGCUGAAAAAGAAUACUGAAGAGAAGUCCAGUGUACAGUUGAAAGGGUUUGCCUGCCUCUCUCCCUGUCUGCCUAUAGGCUCAGCAGACUUCUCCUCACACAAGCUUGUAUACUCUGAAUGACGCUGUAUAAUGGCUAUGCAUCUGUUGGUAUAGCGUGAGUUUUUUGGACAUUGUAUUUGAUACUCUUCAUUGUAAUGUCUGUCCGCUGCCUGUGCUUUCACCUCUAUUAUGACUUUUUAAGUUUUCUUUUACAAGCCAAGGAACUUUGAUUUAAUUGCACUGUGUCUUCCCUCCUGAUGCGUUAACCAUGUGUUGUACAUGAAAAAAUGUGUGUAAAAAAUAAACCAAACUUGUCCUUUCACUUGG